AUGGACAUCGUUCGAGGAGUUCCCCCGUCGACGGACAGUAUGAUGCGUCAUCCGUCAGCAGAAGAUCUUGAUGCCGCACAUCAGCUCGUAUCUUCGGCUCGUGGGGGAAGAAAUCAAGUGUCGGAUCUAGCUUCCGCAACAGCCGAAACGACCAUUAUGCAUGAUCCUGAGAGUGUUGAAGAUGGACCCAGUCCUGGAGAAGAGCAUCAAAGACCAGAAGAACUGAACGAUGACAGCCAACCGAAUGCGUCGUACCAGUCCUCCAAGUCUGAUGGAAAGGAUCAAGUUUUUUUAGGCCAUUCAUGCGUCAACUGCGGGACGAAAAGAACGCCCCUUUGGCGGAGAGCGCCCAACGGUUCAACGAUAUGCAACGCAUGUGGCCUAUAUCUAAAAGCGAGAAACGCUGACCGUCCAACAAAUCGUAAUCGCCAUUCAUCCGCCACCAUCGGCUCCAACGCUUUGCGAAAUACAGACGUGCGAACAAGCACCUCUCCUACUGCCGGUGGUGGGUGUUCUGGCAAGCAGUUCAAUGUUACGAACGAUCAAGUCGCUCCAAGUGGAACAUGUCCAGGAGGUGGUAGCUGCAACGGAACUGGCGGUGCGGUCGGUUGCGAUGGCUGCCCGGCAUAUAACAACCGCGUCUACAAGUCAGCUUCGCGACCUCCCGCAGCGAGGCAAAUAUCGAGGGCUUCUCCUCAAACCGUGAAUCAACCUGGAAUGCUGGGUCAUGAGGCAAGCGAUUUAUUAGAUGUGCCACAACACGAUGGCAGUAUACCCACCGCAUGCCAGAACUGCAGCACUACGGUUACUCCACUAUGGAGAAGGGAUGAUCAGGGACAUCCUAUUUGCAAUGCCUGUGGCCUCUAUUUCCGGCUCCACGGCUGCGCUCGACCGGUCGCUAUGAAAAAGUCGAUCAUCAAACGAAGGAAACGUGUCGUCCCGGCACUCAGAGACAGAUCUCCAACUGCAGGUUCAUCUAAUGACUCGUCAGUUUCUCCUGAACUAGCAUCUGCUUCCCUUGCAUCAAACCGUUUCGAUUCCCGUCGAUAUUCCCAAGGGGAGCAUGGAGGCUCUUUCAUCACCAAUAUCAACAGUCAACUAUCUCCUCAUAUGCAAGCAGCGUAUCAAACGCAUAGUUCCGCUCCUCCCGCUAUCGAUUUCACCGGAUACAACUCCAAACCAACAUCUCUCCCUCACCACGGCCCACCACCGCCCGGCCUAUACAAUGGCGAUCGAGUCAGCCCAAGCGACCAUCUUCCCACAAGCGCCACGCCGAAAAAGCGAACCCUUGAAGAAGCAAACGCGUCAGAUCCCAACUCUCUUGCUCAUAAUUCCGACAUCCCCACAUCAGCCCAUCUUCCACCUAUACACCCCACCUCCUCAUCAUCCCUCCCUCAACCAGGCCGACUAAGCUCCAUCUCCUCCCUCCUUAACCACGCGGAACGACCUUAUGAAGGCGCAUCCAUCGAUCCCUCUCUCGGCGCCAACACAUCAAAACCGCAAGCCCAACAAGCCCCACUCUCACAGCACGCGCCACCGGUCUCGUUGUCGCCCCCAGCAAGCGUUGCGGGAUCUUUGCCGAGUACAACCCCCAUCAGUGCUGCCGCCAUCUCAGAAGAAGCUCUCAAAGCGGAGCGGAGGGCGCAGCUUCAGCGAGAAGCUGAGAAUAUGCGUGAAGCGCUUCGUGCCAAGGAGAGGGAAUUAGCUGCGUUGGAACCUUGA